ACUAAUCCAUCCACCGGAAGAAGAACCCAAAAGAAAAAAAGCUGAAAACUUUUGAUCAAAAGUUGAAACUUUUCUGAAAUAUUCUGUAUUUCUGCGAGUACCCCCCCCCCCCCAAUUGAAAGUCAGAAAUGGCGAUGAAUUCAAGUCGCCAUUUUUAUCCAGCAACAUUCGAUUCGUUGGGAAGCUCCUUCUGCAAGCUCCAUGGAACCACUUCCCUCCGAUUCUUAAGGUACAGUUCAUCAAUUCAUGUAGCUUCAUCGACGAGGAGAUUCGGUUUGGUUAAACUAUGUAGUGGUAGGGGUAGGGAUGAGAGUUGGAACAGAACCCAGAAGCAGAAUCAUUUUAAACCUUCGAAGUUAGUGCUGAAUCAUCGGAAAGGAGAGAGAUUUUUAGAUUCAGGGGUAACGAGUGUUGAGAAUGGUGGUGGUAGUAGUAGUACAAUGGAGAGGAUUGUGGAGAAAUUGAAAAAGUUCGGAUUUGUUGACGAAGAUGAAGAGAUUGAACAAGAGAGGAGGUUUGUGGAGGAAGAAGAGAAUCCGAGGAAUAAUAGGAGAGGUGGUGGAUACACGGAGGAGUCAUCACCGUUUGGUGUUUACGGAGGUGAUGGAGAAGUUAAGUUCCCUUGGGAAAAAGCAAGUUCUAAGGAGAAGGAGAAUGAGGAGGAGCUAGUUAAUGGAGUGUGGACAGCUAAGAAGGAGAGUAGAUACUCGCUUGCGGAGAUGACUCUUCCGCAAGCAGAGCUGAACCGGUUGAGGAAUGUGAUGUUUAGGACGAAGAGCAAGAUGAGAGUUAAAGGUGCAGGUGUCACUCAGGCUGUGGUUGAUGCGAUUCAGGAGAAGUGGAAGGGCUCAGAGAUUGUUAGACUCAAGAUCGAAGGUACAAAUGCGCUCAACAUGAGACGGAUGCAUGAACUUCUGGAGCGAAAAACUGGUGGUUUGGUGAUUUGGAGGUCAGGGACUUCCAUCGCCUUGUACAAAUACAAAAACGACACUUACAGGAGGGAUGCGUCGGUGCCAAUGAGCAAGCAAAUAUACCGAAGAGCACAGACAUCAACCUCUUCCUUACCUACAGGUAGAGUGGAUCAUAGUAUUGAGCAAGUGCAUCAUCCUCAGCUAGAGAAGGAGACAACAAACGUGGGAAAUGAAGACAGGACAUCUCAUCAAGAAGUCGAAUAUGAAGAUGAAAUAAAUGAAUUGUUAGAAGGUCUUGGUCCUCGAUACACGGACUGGCAGGGAGGUUAUCCAUUACCUGUUGAUGCUGAUUUGCUUCCAGGGAUAGUACCUGGUUACGAACCUCCUUUCAGGGUUGUUCCUUAUGGAGUGAGAUCAACUCUGGGACAAAAGGAGGCAACCUCUCUAAGGAGACUUGGCAAAGUUCUUCCUCCACACUUUGCUUUAGGUCGAAGUAGACAGAUGCAAGGGUUGGCAACAGCCAUGGUUAAGCUAUGGGAGGAGAGUUUGAUUGCUAAGGUUGCCCUUAAACGUGGUGUACAACUGACUACCAGUGAGAGAAUGGCUGAGGACAUCAAGAGAUUGACGGGAGGUAUGCUGCUCUCUAGGAACAAAGACUUCUUGGUUUUCUACAGAGGGAAGAGUUUUCUGUCACCACAAGUAGCUGAAGCAUUGGUGGAGAAGGAGAGACUCGCAAGGACAUUCCAAGACGAAGAGGAACAGGCACGUCUAAGAGCGUCAUCGGGUCUGGUUGUCCCACGUGUUAAAGCUAAUCAAAACCUUGUUUCUACCGGCACUCUUGGAGAAACUCUUGAUGCAGCUAGUAAGUGGGGAAGGAAUCUGGAUGACGAUGAUCACGUGGAGGAAGUGAAACAAGAGGCUGAGAAACUGAGGUCUGCGAAUCUUGUCAGAAAGUUGGAAAGGAAACUUGCUUUUGCUGAGAAAAGGUUGCUGAAAGCUGAACGUGCAUUAGCUAAGGUAGAGGAAUCUCUGAAGCCAUCAGAGCACAGAACAGACACUGAGGGCAUAACUGAGGAAGAGAGAUUUAUGUUCCAGAAGCUCGGAUUGAGGAUGAAAGCCUUCUUACUGCUUGGUCGAAGAGGGGUGUUUGAUGGUACUGUGGAGAACAUGCACUUGCACUGGAAAUACAGGGAGCUAGUCAAAAUUCUUGUGAAGGCUAAAAGUUUUGAGGGUGCGCAGAAAGUGGCAUUGGCCCUUGAAGCCGAGAGUGGAGGAAUCCUGGUUUCUGUUGACAAGAUUUCCAAAGGCUAUGCCAUUAUCGUGUAUAGAGGAAAAGACUAUAAGCGUCCUUCCGAGUUAAGGCCUAAGAACCUCUUGACAAAGAGGAAAGCUUUGGCGCGUUCUGUUGAGCUCCAAAGACGGCAGGGUAUUAUAAAACAUAUUGCGGUGGUACAGGCGAGAACAGAGCAGUUGAGAGCUGAAAUCGAACAAGUGGAACUUGUAAAAGACAAGGGAGAUCAAGUGUUAUACAACAAGCUUGACAUGGCAUAUUCUUCUAGCGAUGAGGAGACCGAAGAGACAGAUGGAGAAGGAGAUGACAUCUAUUUAGAUACAUACGAAGAGGAUGGUGAAGAAGCUGGGAUCCAGGCCAAGGGUUCACUAUCUGAUGUUGAAUUUGAUUCAGAUGAUGAAGACUGGGAUUCAGAUGAAUUAGAAACUGAGCUUGAUGAUGAUGAUGAUGAUUCUGCAUCCUCCACAGCACCAGAAGCAACCUCUGGAAAUCUUCAUAACGAGGAACGUCAUCUGCAACCAUAAGAGGUACUGACCACGAGCUAGUAUGCACAGUGUUGUGAGUUGAUGAAGGAUAGAACUUUUGACAUUGUCUCCUGUGUACUUUCUUUUGGUCAAUGCAAUUAGAGAUAUACUAAAAGUGUAUCACAUGCAAAGACUGUAAGCUUUUAGGAGCUUUGUAGAUUUAUAUCAUUUAUAAGAUACAUAGAUAUCUCAAGUCUCCAAUGUAACAA